AUGCAGCAGGAGCCAACAACCGCGACGUCCAAUAUCCAGCAGGCGUCAGAGCUGCUGGAGCGAAGCCGGGAACUGCUGCGAGCGGCCAGUAUGGAGGAGGCCACCAACACCACCACGGCAGCGCGGGUGAGGCGGAUGCCAACGGCACAGCUGCAGCGCGAUCCGGUGUUGUGGGCGGCGUUCACGCGCGGCUGGGAGGAACGCACGGCCAGCUUCCUAAGGGCGACGAGCGGCGAUCCUACGAUGGCGAUCAACCUGAAUAGGUCGCGAAGCACCAGACAGACCUCCCGACCGGCGGCCACAGCACCAACGGCAGGCACGGCCCGACCGCCGAACGCGACACAUCCGGCAGCAACGUCGCGUCCGCAUAGGCCACGAAUGCAGCCACCAGCACCGGCCCCAAGGCCAAACACCACCAGGCCAACACCGCCCACCGUCGAACAUUCGCUGUCACCGCCCACACGGACGCCAAAUGCCGCAACCACGACACCCGCAACUGUUCCGGCUCCGCUGAACGCCCGUCAACGCCGGAACCAGCAACGGAUGCGGGACCACCGGGCCCGACAACAGUGUUCCCAGCAACACCGCCUGGAAAAACCGGCCACUACGGCCCCUCCAAACACUGUCCCGACAGUGGUAGCGCCGCAGCAAGAAACCGCGCCACCGGCUCCCGCCGCAGCCACGGUACCGGAGGUAGCAAUACCUACCGGAACAACCGGGGUUACGGAACAACCAACAGCCGCCCCUUCACAAACCGUUGAUAUGGAAAUAUCAGCGGAAGAGGAGGCGGAACUGUUGGGAGGACCGGACGCGCACCUUGCCGACGAGGUGGACAUGGAGACGGUGUUCGACAACAGGUUCCAUAGUCUCCCGGCGUCACCUCGACGGGAGUAG